GGUGUGGACUUGGGCUAGAAGGACCAGGACAAAUUGAAUUGAAGCCAAUUUGGGAGCAGCAGCAGAAGUUUGUAUCUGGAAGACUGGAAGGUUCCAGGGAGAUACAGUAUUUGUUGGACUGGAAGCAACAUGUCUGCCUCACAGCUUCUCGUGCUGCUGUGUUGUCUUCCCUUGGCAAACGGCUUGCAGUGUUAUACCUGUCUAUUUCCCGCCAUUUCUCCUCUGGACUGCCUAAAGUUUCCACAGCAGUGUCCUGCUGGCCAGCGCUGCCUGUCCAGUGUUGCAAUGGGAAAGCGAGGCGCCCUUCAAGUGACAAUGUACGAAAAGAGCUGCGCCAUUCCCUCCCAGUGUGGCGUGAGCGGACAGAAAUACGCGAGCGGCCUCUAUUUCAACUACACUAACGUUUGCUGCAAUACAGACCUGUGUAACGGGGCUGCUGGUGCCCUCAGGUGGGGAGGAGCCACGCUCUGCCUGCUUCCUGCACUCGGCCUCCUGCUGGCCUGAGAUGUCAUCCUGGCUGAUGGAGAAUGUCGUCAUCUAGGGAUGAAAAUGACUGUAAAAACAUGAAUGCAGGCCACCCAUGAAAUGAUUAAAACCUUACCAAUGAGGUGAUGGGGUUUCCAUUUAAUAGAAACAUCCACUGACCUUCCAUAACAUCUGUCUGUCUAUGUACAGAUGUUGCCUGUUUUCUUAACUUGUGUUAAUUAACAAUAAUUGUGACUUAAUAAACUGUCCAGUAAUAAAGGUUUAAUCAUGCCAAGACUGUGUACAUUAAUUCACUUUAUAUGAAAGCGCUUGCUUGUCCCAUCCCUUCUGUUUUGCAGUUUGCUACAAUUUUUGCAGUAUUAUCUCGAUUUGCGCUUACACUGUGCAUUCGUGCUGUGGCCUGUUGUUUCUCCCGUCACUUCCAUUCUGAUGUUUUACUGCAAUUUCUCUGAAUUUGUGGAUUUUUUGUUGUAUUAUUUAGUGUUUUUUUGAUUAUGGGCCUGCACUUAUAUUGUUGCAUUCCACGCAAUGGCUUAUUUGCUUCUCCCGUCGCUUCUAUUGUGAUGUUUUACUGCAGUUUUCCCUGACUUUGUGGAUUAUUUACGGUAUCAUUUCGCACUUACACUGAACAACAUUUAUGAUGAGGCCCUUGCUUGUCCUAUCACUUUAAUUCUGCAAUUUCUCUGAUUUUGUGGAUUAUUUCUCAGAUUAUUUUGAGCUGUUGUAUUUAUGGCCCUAUAUUUACACUGAUCAAUCAUGUCAUGGUGCAUUUGCUUGUCCCAUCACUUCUAUUUGCUGUUUUACUACAAUUUCUCCGAGUUUUUUGUUUUUGUUUUGUAGUAUUAUUUUGAGCUGCUUUGAUAAUGGGCCUGCGCCUACUCUGUGCAUUCCAUGCCAUGCUUAUUGCUUUUCCCAUCACUUCUGUUCUGAUGAUUUACUACAAUUUCUUACACUGAGCUUUAAGCCAACGGCCGUUUGCGACUUUGUGGAUUAUUUCUAGUUGUUGUGAUUAUGGGCCUGCACUUACAAUAAGAAUUAAUUCUACGGUUCUUUGGCUUGUACCAUCACUUCUAUUGUGACAUUUUACUGCAAUUUCUCAGACUUUGUGUAUUAUUUCUUGGAUUAUUUUGAGUCGUUCUGAUUAUGUCUAUUGUGUAAGGUGGCAGCUAACAAAUUACUUGCGAGAGGAAUGAUUAGAUGACUUAAAUAACAUGUCUAUACGACGCACGUUAUGAGAGCAUGCAGUGGGUUUUAUUUUGGGAUUAUUUUGUGUUGUAUUUCUAUUAUGAAAUGUGUUGUUAUCAUUAGUAACCUGCGAGGAGUGAUCACUUUUCAGUCUAUUCAAUGACUGGGCUACAAAUGUGCUCAACAGAGGUGCAUAAACCACUGCUUAGGUGAUUAAUGAUGCUUUAACGAAUGUUACUAUGAUAAUAAUAUUAUGAAUAUUAUUAUUAAAAACCUGUA